UCAAUGGGUCCCCAAGUAGCCCUCCUGGUGGCGGCGCUAGCCGGCUGCCUGCUUCGGGCCCGGAGCUGUGUCAUUUGUGAUCCAAGGGUCGUGGCCGCGCUGGACGCCUUGGAAAAGGAAUACCUGCCUACCCACCUCGCCCCCGGGCGUCACAGACAAGUGAUGGAGAGGAUAAGAGAAACCGUGAGGAAUUUCCGGGACCUGCCAUAUUUAGACGAUACCUUUAUGGGGGUUAUCGAUGAGGCCACAAUGGAAACGUCAGUCUUAAGUUUUCUGAGGAGUGUGAGACUUAUCAGAAACAGUGAUGCAGCAGAUGACUCUUUCGAGAAGGAGGUCUCCAAGAUAUUGACUCGGGAAAAGGCAACCUUUCAGAGCUACAUCCUUCGGUUCCAACGAGAGGAUUUAUGUCCCAACAAAUGUGGUACGAUGUUGCAGCGUCUGAUGUGGUGCAGUAAUUGCGUCCAGGACAAUUACAUUUGUCGAAAGUCCAGAGAUUGCGGGGUUCGCCACAUCAACGUCCAUGAAAAGGAGGACAUGAUCCUGGACUGUGAGCUCAACUGGCAUAAGUUAUCUGAAGGCCUGGCCUAUUACAGCUUUUACAGGGUUUGGGGGAGCAAUUCUGAGACCUUGUUGUACAAGGGGAAACGGCCCACCCUGACCAAGCCCCUCGUGAGGCCAGAGGAUGCGGGUAACUACCGCUGCGAGUUGGGCACUGAGCGAUCCGGCCCAGCCACGGUCAUCCAUUUUCAAGUCACAGUGUUGCCUCAAAGAAUCUUUGGGGAGAUAACGUCUGAGUCUUCAACCUUUGUAACCCAGCCAUCAACCACUGAAACCCAGUCACCAACCAUUAGAACACAGUCCCCAGCCAUUGGAACCGAGGCUGAGGAAAUCUGGGGUGACCUUUCCCCAACCCUCCGGCCCUCCGAGUGUUCAAACCCGAAGAACGUGCAGACAGGCCUUCUGAUAGGGCUGCUGCUCUGGUCCUUUUUGCUGCUGAUCCUGGGCUUUGUCGCCGGCAUACUCUGCUUUCGGUCUGGGAUGGUGAUGGAUUCCAUAAAGUCCAGAUACCACACCGAAAUGGCAGCUGCUCCGCGGGACCAGGCUCCAUAGAGUCAGCUGUCACAGAGCCACGUUCUCAAAGUACCGAAGGACAAGGACACAGGACCAAGUCACAAAUAAAGAUUUAUCUGGUUGCUGAAAUAUCAGAUUCAUUUCCUCGGGUCUGAUCCUCAG